UUGAAGCAAAAGUAAAUAAACGUGCGAUAAUGACAUUGAAAAACAUGAUUAUUUUUCCACGGAUUUCACCUCAUCUCACGCUUUUCUUGUGAUGGAGCUGCUGGACUGAACUCCGAGGUGAGGGUGAGCGACUUCUUGUGGAAACGCUGCUUUCCGGCACGAGCCCUGGUUCCUGUCUGUCGGCAGCAUGGCUCUCCCUUGUGUUCGUCUCUGCAGACGACACUCGAGCGCAGGCCUGGCGGUCUGCGGCUACUCCACGGUCAGCAGGCCGUCCGGGCCGUCCGGGCCGCAGGAGAGCAGCGCUCCUGUGUUCCAGUACGUGGGCCAGCACAGAAAGCCCACCCACAAAGUGUUCGUGUGGGGCUUCAGCUUCACCGGGGCGCUGGGCAUCCCCAGCUUCGUGGUGCCGGACAGCGGCAGGAAGACGCCCCGAAAGUACCAGCUGACGCCGUACCGGCUGGAGACGGAGGUGGAGCAGAUCUCCUCGGCUGCCUGUGGUUACGGCUUCACACUCAUGUCCUCGUCCACUAAAGACGUGACCAAGGUGUGGGGCAUGGGCCUGAAUAAGGACUCUCAGUUGGGCUUCCAGCGGACACAGCACAGCCGGCAUCGGAGCUACGACUACGUCCUGGAGCCGUCCCCGGUGGCUCUGCCUCUGAAGGAGCCUCAGCUGACCCGGGUGCUGCAGGUCUCCUGUGGCCGGGCUCACUCCCUGGUCCUCACCGACAGAGAGGGAGUCUUCAGCAUGGGGAACAAUUCAUACGGUCAGUGCGGUCGUCCCAUCGUUGAAGAUGAAGUUUUCAGCGGGAGUCACAUGAUCCAUAACGUGGACGGGCUGGGCGGCGGUCGGGUGAAGCAGGUGGUGUGUGGACAGGACCACAGCCUCUUCCUCACACACACCGGGAAGGUCUACGCCUGCGGGUGGGGCGCCGACGGACAGACCGGCCUGGGCCACCACAGCAUCAGCCCCGUCCCGGUGGAGGUGGGGGGGGACCUGGCCGGGGUGGAGGUGCAGCAGCUCAGCUCCUACGGAGACUGCAGCCUGGCCGUGAGCAGCGACGGCCGGCUGUUCGGCUGGGGCAACUCCGAGUACCGGCAGCUGGCCCCCGCUACCGAGGAGACGCAGGUGAGGUGGGGGGCGGGGGGCAAAAAGGGGACGACACGGGGGCAAGAACGAAGAAUGUACAGUGUGUCGUUUCCUCAGAUCAACUCUCCUCGACACCUUCCUGUGAGAGGCUGUGGGAAGCUGCUGCAGGCUGCAUGUGGAGGGACGCAGGUGGCUGUUCUCAACGAUGAAGGAGAGGUGUUUGUUUGGGGCUACGGCAUUCUGGGAAAAGGUCCUAAGCUGACGGAGUCCUCCACCCCGGAGAUGAUCCCUCCAUCUCUGUUCGGACGCUCCCACUUCAACCCGUCGGUGACCGUGAGGAGGAUCAGCUGUGGCCUGAACCACUUCGCUGCAAUCACCGACAGAGGCGAGCUCUUCGUUUGGGGGAAGAACAUUCGAGGCUGUUUGGGCAUCGGAAAGAAAGACGACCAGUACUUCCCCUGGAGAGUCACCGUGCCGGGGCAGGUGGUGGACGUGGCGUGUGGAGUUGACCACAUGGUGGCGCUGGCCAAGUCUGUCCUGUGAUGCCCCCAACAGCUUCACUGAUGUGAUGGUUUUCACCGAGGGACAGAAGGACUGAGCCAAUCCUUUCUUCACUUGUCUCUGAUUGAUAAUAAAAACUUUAUUUAUGUCGUUCUUAACUUGUUUGCAAAUUAUUUUACAUUUUAAACCCAUCAGAAGUUCACCCAUUCUGUUCCUUCCUCACAGACUGACUUUCUCCCACUGAUGUAACUGCUGCAGGCAUCCAGAUUAUAGAGCAUCUUCCUCCUCUAGCAUCCAGAUUAUAGAGCAUAUAGAAAAGGUUUAGUUGCUAUAACAUUCAUGAUUUCA